ACGGGAAAGUAGGUAGGCAAAAAGAGAGAGGGAAAAGUCUCACCAGGAUCAUUCAUGAUGGUUUCUUAAUGCUUAGAUGUUCUUUUGACUUUCAGCUGCAGCAGCUAAAUGAUCGGCCAUGUUACUAGCCAAUCUUUUCUCCCUCGGCCCUGAGGAGCUGCCUCGGACCACGGAGGGAGCUGCCUCUUCCUCCUCCAAUCAGCGAGAGUCCUCCUCAUUAGUAGUCAGCCCUCCAGGGUGACUUUCAACCCAAUUAAGGGUCCACCGGAAGAGGAAAGGCAGAUAAAGAAGAGAGAAGCCUCUUCGUGUACCUGCAGCCACUGCAACCCAAACCAGAAGUCUCUGUGUGUGUGUCUUCUGAUGCCUCUUUUCCAAGAGAGAAUAUCGGAUUGCAUAAGGGGAGGCUCCAGGUGCCUUCCACACACCCCACCACCGUGAUUCUGUGUUCUGUUGUCCCCAAAAGGGGUCAGCCUGCUGCGGAAGCCAAUCAGAGCCAGACAGGAGUGAUGGACCUUUGCAACACUUUCACUGAGGCAUUUCAGCAAAAGGAUCCCAGCUGCUAACGGAGCCGAGACUCUGAACAACAGCAAAGCACCAUAUUUUAUACCAUUGAAUACCAGAAAUAGGGAAAUACAAAUUUCACAAACUAUCACCUUUUAUGAAGUUAUACUUUGCUUUAGUCUACGUGUCCUUUGCCCAUUUGCAAUUUCUGCAAUUGAUCCAUAUUUGGUUAUUCUACCUCUAUUGCCAAGCCUCAUGACUUCCUAUUCAGUUUUGGGGUAUGUGUUAUCCCAUUUUGUCCAUUCCUAACUGUCACUUCUAAGUUAUCGCUCCCUCCCUGGAUGGGGACAUAUGUUUGUUUCAUUAGAUCAGGGCAGGGCAGGACUUGGCUUCAAAUCUGUUGGCAAGACGUGAGCAACACCUGGAUGGUUGUUUUUGUAUUGUUGUUUGUUAUGUUUUAUGUGUUUUUUAUUGUUAGCCGCCCAGAGUCCUUCGGGAGUGGGGCGGCUUAUAAAUUUUAAAAAUAAAAUAAAAAUAAAAUAAAAUAAAACAUGUUCACGCUGUGACAUGCAAAGAUGAUCUUUGUUGAGAAACCAGUCUGUAAGGGAAAUCAGGAGGUGGAGCCAGCAAAGACCAAAGUGUAAUAAUCAUCCGAGCAUGAAAGGAACAACCAGAAAUUGGUAAAAGUGUUUCUGGGAUGAUGGAAGAGUCUUACACAGGGAAAGAUUUUUACACUGAGAAUUUUAAUCCCAGAGCCCAUCUGGAAAACUACUACAAAGUUAAGUUGGAGGAUGGUGGACUGGGUCAGUUUGUAACCUUUUUCCUGAAAGGGGCCCACAGGGCAUUUACCAUAGAUGGCAUCAAGGGAGACACCCUCAUCGACAUUGGCAGUGGUGCAACCAUCCAUCAAUUCCUCUCUGCCUGCGAGUCAUUCCGGGAGAUCAUAGCCACCGAUUACGCUCUCCAGAACCGCGAGGAAGUUCAACGAUGGCUGAAGAAGGAGCCAGGAGCCUUUGAUUGGACCCCCAUUGUGAAAUAUGUCUGUGAUUUGGAAGGAGACAGGGAAAAAUGGCCAGAGAAGGAAGAGAAGGUCCGAAGAACUGUCAAGAAGUAUCUGAAAUGUGAUGUGACCCAACCCAACCCUUUGGCUCCACUGGUUCUUCCUCCUGCAGAUUGUCUGCUCUCCAGUUUGUGCUUUGAUGGGGCUUGCAGAGACAUCCCCACCUACCGAUCGGCCUUCAGGAACAUCAGUUCCCUUCUGAAACCAGGGGGGCACCUCCUGUUUUAUUCCACCCUUGAAGGGCACUACUAUAAGGUUGGCCAACACCGAUUCUCUAACAUUUUCUUGGAGAAGGAUAUGAUAGAAAAGGCAGUGAGACAGGCUGGCUUUGUUAUUAAAUGGAUUGAAGAGACCAGGAUCAACUGCCCCCCUUCUAUAGCAGAUGGGAAGGGGCGGUGCAUUCUUCUCUCCCAGAAAUGUAGCUCAUGAAAUAAGGCAGCUGUUGAUGUAAAACCCAGAGGCUUCCGCAACCAUUGUUAUGAAUCUAUUAUACCAGUUAGGGAAAGCACAGACCACGUGUCUUCUGUGAUCUUUUCCACAGCUUUCCUAGUAGCUAUUUAGGAAAUGGCUCUAUGUGUAAUAAAGUAACAUCUUGCCUA